CUCGUUAACAAGUUUGCUGCGCGCGCGGAUCUAUCAGAGAGCUGGAGGGUGGGAGCGCGCGCUCACUGCACACUGCUUACCGAACACACCGCACAUACUCGUCCAGCAGCGGCACAGCGGCCACACAGAGCGGCGCACACGGGGACCCUCAGCAGCACUGAAGAAACAGGCUUUUUAGUGUGCAGGACAUUAUGACGGAGGUGAUGAACACCUGCGAGACGGCGGUUGGAGACUAUGGAGCAUCUGGAGACCAGAACAUCGGUUUUCAGGUUUUUCCAGAUUCGCACGAGCGGUACCCUAAGCUUUCCAAACGUUUGCCGUCCAUCGUGGUGGAGCCCACUGAAAGUGGAGAGGUGGAGAGUGGAGAGUUGCGAUGGCCUCCAGAUGACUUGAGCCCUACAGAUGAAACCAGAGACACCCAGGCCAAGAAAGCAGGUGAAGAGCCGUCGGCAGAGGUUGAGGAGGCUGGCAGAGUGACAGCAAACUGAAGGGCAGUAGCUGGCACCAAUCCAACCUAAUACUGUGAAUGUCUUCAUGAUGGACAAGAGUGAGCAGGAGGCUCCUACAGUUAGGUCUGACUGCAGUAUCACCCGCACUAGAGCCACCCACCUGUUGACAGACCUCCCAUCCAGUAGGGGGAGCUGAGGCCUGAGAGACUGUCUUUGCUGAAAUAACUCACGUGCCAAACUCUAGUGGUAGCCAGCUACUGUGACUGAGUUGUACAUUCUUUUUAUCCAUACCAUUAUGAGUCAUCUACAAUAUUAGCAUUAGAUUUCAUUUGUGCCUGGUUUAAAUGAUGUAUUGACUUUGAGGUAGCCUAUAUAUUUAUUUGCUUUGGACCAAAGUCUUCAAUAUUUGACCCUAUUGACCCACCACUCCCAUUAGUUGAACAGCUUAUAAUUUGAUGUGUAAUACAGAAAUUUAAUAUAUGUCAAGAUGAAUUUCAAUCAAUGUAAACAUGUAGUUCAUCAGCAAUAGUGCUUCUUUGCAAAUGUAGAUUACUAUGAAUAUGUACAAUAGAUUAUAUUUUACAGCUUUCUUAUAUUAUGUUUAAUGUAAAGCUACUAUAACAUAGUAUAAGAUAUGAUAUUCCUUAAUCAUAUUUUUCAUUUGUUCCCUAGACACAUUUGCACAUAUUGCUUGCCAUUUACAUUAUGUUUUUUAUCUAACAUUAUUUCUUCUACUGCUUUUGUGUUUCAAGUCAUAACUGUCUACAGUCACAGAGAUUGUUCACUGGAUGUUUUCCAUAUGAAUUAUAACUAUAUAUUGUUUUACCAACAUCUAAAUUAUUCUAAUUAAACAUCUUUUGCAGUCAUGUUAGCCAACUUUUGAAGACAAAAACCUGGAAAAAAAACAGAACACAAUCUCUGGAUUGUACCAGUUCAAUAACCUAUCUACUCAAUAUGCCACGAAUGUCCUGUUUAUGUAAAAUCUGUUACAAAUACGAAGCACCUUGCCUAGACGUUUGGAAUAUGAUAGCACUGUUGAUCAUUUUCUACCGAGGUGCUUACUAGCUUGGUUUGACAACAUAUUAAAGGCACAUAUGCUA